AUGCUUACUUCCAAAAAUUGUCAAGGAGAGAAAAUAGAAUACUUACAUCAAUUAAUAUUAAGAUUAGUUGGUCUAAUCUAUGCAUUUGCCUUUUCCAGUUGGUAUUAUUAAAUUCCAGCAUUGUAUUCACAAAAUGGAUUGAUGCCAAUAUCUAAAAUUGAAUGGUAUGAUCUAACUAAAAUGCCCACUCUCCUAUAAAUAGGUAAGAAUGAUUCCACUCUUACACUUAUAACCAUUUUUGGUACCCUAGUAGGAUUAUUAGCAUUUGCCUCUUCCAAAUUUAUUAAAUGGUACACCUUCUUAAUAUUGUGGGUAUUGUAUCUCUCACUCUAUACAGUUGGUUAAGAUUUUAGUCAAUUCUAAUGGGACAUAAUGCUUUUGGAAUGUGGUUUCAUUUGUAUAAUCUUCUCUCUUACACCUGUUGUAGGAAGAGAAUUAUUACGUUGGCUUGCAUUUAGACUCUACUUUUCAAGUGGAUUAGUGAAAUUAUUAAGUUAAUGUGAAACUUGGUGGAAUUUAACUGCAUUACAUCAUCAUUUUGCAUCAUAAUGUAUACCUCAUUUUCUAUCUUGGUGGGCACAUUAAAUACCAGGAGAAUUAAAAAAAUUAAUGGUAGCUGCUAAUUUCUAUGUACUUAUUUUUGGAGCUAUUUAUUUUUAUUUCCCAACAAGAUUUAUGAGAAUAUUUGGAUUCAUUUUAUAAUUUAUAAUGCAAAUUGGUAUUAUACUAACUGGAAAUUACAACUUUUUUAAUCUAUUAUCAAUUGUACUUACUUUGGUAGUAUUAGAUGAUCAUUUCAUUUAUAAAUACUUUCCUAGUCAAAUCAAAGAAUUUAUUAAUAUGCCAAAAACUAUUGAAGAAUUUGAUUUAAAAAAAAACAAUAGAAUUUACAAAUACUCUGAAAUUGUCAUUUGUCUUUAUAUGACAGGAGUACUCAUAUUCAAUUUCUUUCCUUAUGAAACUAUAAUGUAAGGAAAGAAACUUCCAUUUACUGUUUAAGAUAUUGGUAAAUACUUUCUUACAGAAGAUAAUUUCACUUACUUUUUAUUAUAUGUACUUACAUUCUUCUUUUUCUAUAUAACAUAUUUCAAUCUUUAGAAAAAUUCAGCUAAAAGUACUAUGGCUGCCAUAUUACAAACAUUAAUUAAAAUUGUUGUGUUUAUAUUUAUGUUUAGUAUGUCUAAUAUGACAUUUCAAUAAGGAAUAGGCAUCAGACAAAUUAAUAGUCCUAUUAUACCAUAACAAUAUUUAUAAUAGGUUUAACAAUAUACAUAUUCAUUUCAUUUAUUUAAUAGUUAUGGCUUAUUCAGAAAAAUGACUGGUGUAAAUGGCAGACCUGAACUUAUUUUUGAAGGUAGUGAAGAUGGUAAUAAAUGGUUAGAAUAUCAUUUCCAUUAUAAACCUGGAAAAAUUAAUGAAAUAUCACCAUUUGUUGUACCUCAUUAACCUAGAUUAGAUUGGUAAUUAUGGUUUGCAUCUUUAUAAGAACAUCCUUCAGAUCUAUAUUUAGUAAAUUAUUUAUAUUAUAAAUUAGAUUCAUUUAGUUUAUAAAAUGUUGGAUGGUUAAAAUAUAAAUGCUUUUGUUUCUAAUAAUCCAUUUUAAAAAAAACCUCCAAAAUUUAUUAGAAUUAAUAAAUAUCUAUAUUAUUUUACAAAUGUCACUGAGAUGAUACAAACUGGAAAUUUUUGGAAAAGAAUUUGGAAAUCAGUUUACUUACCUCCAAUAUCAUUGUAGGAUAGUUAAUUACAAAGUAUAAAAUAAUAAUAUGGAUUUGAAUCUGCUGUAAAUAAAUAAAAAGAAUAGAAUACUUAAUUGCCAUUGUGGACUUUGAUAAUGAGUGUGAUUAUUUAUGCAUUUUAUUGA